GUGACCAAGAAAAUUCCAGAACAUUUUCUUGCCAGAAAACUGUCUCCCAUUGUCAUUUUCUCACGUAUAUAUGGUUUGUCCAAGUGUUCCAACACAUGGUCUCACUGAGGCAUAGAGGCUAGAGGUCGUCUUUAAUUUGAUUCGAUCCCACUCUCUCAAGAGUGCUGAAAUGGCCGACGACAGCUCUGCUUACGAUCUCAGUUCCCUCCUCUCUUCCGCGGACAGGGACUUUCUCAUUCGCAGCAAUGGCGAUCAGGUCAAAGUUGGCAGUUUGAGGGGAAAGAAGAUUGGGUUAUACUUUUCAGCAGCAUGGUGUGGCCCCUGUCAGCGAUUUACACCAAAUUUAAUAGAGGCAUACAAUGAACUAUCCCCUAAAGGUGAUUUUGAAGUCAUCUUUGUCUCGGGGGAUGAAGAUGAUGAGUCAUUCAAGGGUUAUUUCUCCAAGAUGCCAUGGCUUGCAAUUCCAUUUUCUGAUUCAAAUACACGUGAGUGCUUGGAUGAAUUGUUCAAGGUGGAGGGAAUACCCUACCUUGUGAUCCUUGAUGAAAAUGGGAAGCUUUUGACAGAUGAUGGAACUGGAGUUAUUAGGGAGUAUGGAAUGGAAGGAUAUCCUUUUACUCCAGAAAGGGUCAACGAAUUGAAAGAUCAGGAAGAAGCAACCAAGAGGGAACAAACCUUGAGGUCUAUUCUAGUCUCACAUUCACGCGACUAUGUAAUUUCAACUGAUGGAAAAAAGGUACCUAUCUCUGAACUUGAAGGGAAGACAGUGGGUCUCUAUUUCUCAUUGUCUACAUACAGAUCAUGCCUUGAUUUUAUUCCAAAACUUGUGGAAGUUUAUGAGAAACUGAGGACAAAGGGGGAGAUGUUUGAGAUUGUGUUGAUAUCCCUUGAUGACGAUGAAGAAUCAUUCAAACAAGCAUUUGCAAGCAUGCCUUGGUUUGCAUUGCCCUUCAAGGACAAGAUCUCUGAGAAGUUGAUUCGGUACUUUGAGCUGUCUACAGUACCCACUGUAGUAAUUAUUGGGCCAGACGGAAAAACUCUGCAUUCAAAUGUUGCUGAAACCAUUCAAGAACAUGGGAUUUUAGCAUACCCGUUUACCCCAGAAAAAUUUGCUAAACUUAAGGAGAUUGAGAAGGAAAAUCAGGAAGCACAAACGCUAGAAUCAAUUUUGGUCUUGGGGAAUCAAGAUUUUGUGAUUGGGAAAAAUGGAGCGAAGAUUCCUGUGUCUGAUCUUGUGGGGAAGAACGUCCUCCUUUACUUCUCAGCGCAAUGGUGCCCUCCAUGUCAUGCCUUCCUGCCCAAACUGAUUGAAGCAUACCACAAGAUUAAAUCAAAGGAUGAAGCAUUUGAAGUGAUAUUCAUCUCCAGCGAUAGAGACCAAACCUCAUUUGAAGAAUUCUUUUCUGGAAUGCCAUGGCUGGCUCUCACCUUUGGUGAUGAAAGGAAAGCUUCUUUGAGUCGCACAUUCAAGGUUUAUGGUAUUCCCAUGCUUGUGGCCAUCGGGCCAAGUGGCCACACUGUCACAACAUGUGCAAAAGAACUAAUCAUGAUUCAUGGGGCUGAUGCCUACCCCUUCACUGAUCAGCGCCUGAAGGAGAUCGAGGCAGGAUAUGAGGAGAUGGCAAAGGGGUGGCCUGAGAAGUUGAAGCAUGCACUCCACGAACAUGAGCUCAUGCUGACUAAAGAGAGAAUUUAUAUGUGCGAUAGGUGCGAGGAGGAGGGUCAUGUUUGGUCAUUCAGCUGCGACGAGUGUGACUUCACCCUGCAUCCGAAAUGUGCUUUGGAUGAAACUGAUGAAGGAGCCAAAGAAGAUGGAAAGAAGGAACAAAAAUCCGAAGGAUGGAUCUGUGAUGGGGAAGUCUGUUUUAAAGCAUGAGAAGUUUGUGUAGGGCGAGCUCAGAACUGGGGUUUUUGGAUAUUUCCAUAUCUAUUGCUUGGCAAUGGUUUAUGUAUGUCGUGUAUAUUGCGUGCAUAAUAUGUAUCUGUCCUGUCUAGGCUUUGAAAGUGCCCUCUCUUAUCAAGCUUGGGGGCAUCUAGUUGUUGUAUCGUCUACAAAGUGCCAUUACUAUUAAUGAACAACGCUUUAUAUCAGAA